UGUUUCGUAUGGGCAGACAUAACAUGAACAUCAGAGCGCAAAGUGAGAAAAAGAAAAAUACACACUACACGUAGUCAUCAGGAUGAGUAAGAGUGCUUUUCAAGAAUUAUCUUUUGUCUACUCUAAAAAAAAUGUGAUACAAUGUGCUUAACAACCUUUUCGAGCUAUCAUCUUGAUCACACGGGAUGAUACAAUCAAUCACCUAAUUACAGUGAAUAAUACAUUUUUGUUAGGGUAGUUCAACUGCAGUAGUAAUCCAACAUUAAAGUGCCCCACACAAUGCAUACGUUUGCGUGUGCGUGACAGUAGUUUGAAAUAUUUCCCAUGGGAAAACUGUCAAAAAACGUAAACUUCGACGGAACGGACGCUGUGUUCCAGGCUCAAGGGAUAUAUGCGGCUGGCGGCCAUUGCAUUGUAAACCAAUCGUGCAGAAAGAACUGUCAAAGUGGUUCCACCUAUAAUUGUUUUCGAUAAAUUACAAACCCACCAAGUACCGUGAGGUGCCCAUAUUUCGUGCACUUAAGAAUUCUCGAAUUUUUAUGAACGACUGAAAUUUUACCAUAAAGUAUAUCAGAAUAAUGUUUUCAAUAAUAUUUGUGCUGGCACUGUAGCUCCCAAUAAUUAGGCAACUUCACAUUAUACAAGAUAGUUAGAGCUUCGCCACGGAAGUCCUCAUCGCUAUCCCUAUUAUACCACUCCUUGUCGGGUGCUAUUUUAAGAUAGCACCCCACCUUCCCACCAGUGGUUUUUAUUUUGGGUUUAGGGACUUGAAAAACAUAUUGAUUUUCCACCGUGCGUUGCUAAAAGUGGUCCUUACUUUUUAUCGGACGUAGUACAAACUGAAACAAAUAAAAUAUGUCCUUAUGGCUUUUGAUGAAUCUUGCAUAAAAUCACAAAGGCAUAAAGGGUCACAGACAAACACACGCAACACUUCUAACAUUUCGUCACAGACAAGCAUACGUCUCCAGUCUCCCUCUAGUCAUUUCUUAUCGUUUUAUUUUUUAAAGAAUAUUUAAAUUAAAUAUUCUGUAGUAUGCAAAUUGUUCGCAGACGGCGCUCACAUAAUUUUUGCUCCUGUUUGACGUUCGCUCACUACCGGCACCUACUGAGCAUUUUGUGAAAUAGCGUGUUUGGCAUUGGGGAUUAUGUUUACAUGACGAUGAUUUUAAUAGCAAUUUCUUUCAAGUGAGACGUUUGCUAUUCAAAAUCAUAGUCGCGGAAACAUAUUUACCCAAUCUAAAAGGACUAAGUUUGGCCAAUAGAGUGACCAAUCAUAAACUAGGUGACAAUAGUGAGCGAAUGUAAAACUUGAACAAAAACGCUGCGAGCGCCACAGAUGGACAGCUGGCUAACUAUUAAAUUUUGUUGAAUUUUUGGUGUACGUGGGAAUUAUUAGUGUUGCGUCUGUUUGUUUGUGAUAGGGUUCUGGAAAACAUCUAUAGUCACGUAAUACCCCGGACAGACAUGUGAUACGAGUGUGAUUCCUGUACAACGGUACGCAGUGUCAAGAAAAUUCUAACAAGACUGACUUGAACUGAGAGAAUUUUCAGUAUGACGAGGCCCUAGCGUUAACAGGCAAAGUCGUCGGUUUUUUUUCGCUCUCGCUAAAGCUUUAAAUCUAUCUACAAACGUUCUCUAAAAGACUCAACCUGGGCAAGCCAGGUCAGAAUCAUGCCGCGGGCUCCGCGAACAACGAAUCUGGUCCAUCUUCCUCCAUGAUUCGGAGAAAUUACGAUAAAAGUAAAGUGCGGUUGACUCCGGCGGGGAUAAACGCUAUGGUUGACAAUGCUCUAUUGACACCUCAUGGUCGCAGACAAAGGCAGGACAAACAACAAAUAAACGCGCAGACUGCAGUGAAUGUAUCCACGCAAAAUAAAUAUGAUGUGUUCACUAUGGACGAUGAUACGCAGCAAGAAGACACUAUUCCUAACAACAAUGCUGGUUUCGUUAACCACCAACAACCGCCAAGAACCAAAACUCGUUGUCCACCCAUCACGGUGUACGGCAAAAGCGUUGUUGAUAUUAACAAGACAAUGGCUACUCUCAGCAUCGAAAAAUCCGAGUACAGAAUGAGGUUAAGCAAUGGAUCAAUUCGGAUCCACAUAAACAAAAAACAAAAUUUCACCACAGCGGUGGAAGCGUUGAGGAAUACCAAUGUUCUGUUUUAUACCCAUGGAACAAACGACGAAAUACCAGUAAAAUACGUGCUAUCUGGGCUAUCAAGGUUCGAAGUGGAAGAUAUACAUGAAGAAUUAAGUAACGAAGGAAUAAUACCGUUGGACGUCAAGCUGCUACGUGUCUCUAAAACCGGAGACGAUGCACUCUACCUUGUGUCCUUUCCUAGAGGAUCCAUUCGGCUGCAGGAGCUGCAAAAGAAGACUUCGCUGUUCAAUGUGAUUAUUGAAUGGCGACACUACACCCGAAAACCUACGGAUGCUGUCCAAUGCUUCAGGUGUCAGAAAUUCGGCCACGGAAUGCGUUAUUGCAACCUUGAGGCAAAAUGUGUUAACUCUCUACUUCCCAUGGUUGCUCUAGAGCACCAUCGGUUUUCGGCGAACUCGGGACAAAUGGAAUUAGAUUAAUAUGAUGUAAUAAUUUUCAAAAUAUGGUUAUAACCUCAUAAGGUUGAUCCAACUACUAACUACUUGUUUCAAUAGUGAAACUAUUGAUAAACAAUCAAAAACCUAUUGAUUUACAACCAAAUUUUUUUUCAUUGAUUUCGAAAAAUUUAGCCAAUUUGCAAUAAUUUUUGUUCAAGCACUUAUUUUGGAAACGCUUUUUAGCAUAGAUAUAGUCGUUCAAAGUCGUGGGAAGGAAAGGGUUAAGUGUGGCGAACUGCAUCAAACCAGUGAAUGUGUAAGGACAUUGUGAACCUACUUUAAAAUGUUUAUCAUGUUGAUAUGUUUUUUGUUGUGCUGUCAGUUGUCAUGCUGUCAGAUGGGUGCAGCAAGUUUGACUGCAACGAAAUAUCGUAACUAGGCUGCGUACUUUUCAAGCUUACCGAAGACACCACCCAAUAAUGCGACACCUAGUGUUUGAACAAGUAAACCGGAUGGAAUAUUCCAAUAUUCAAAUUUAUUACGCAGUAACAUGCCAAAUUGCGUCGUAGAGAAUAAAUCGGUGCGGUAUUGUUUAAGAAUAGCGAGAAAUACCUAAUGCAAUCAAAUCUCUCUCUUAAAUCGAACAAUAGACGGGAUUAGCGCUGCAGCGAUUAGGAUCUGCCCAAUCUAACUCGCGUCGGGUUGAUCAUAAUUGUGGAGUGCGUACAACUGAACAGUCCAACUUUCGAAGUGACUUUAAAGUUUGAUUAAAGCUAAUUCUUAUUGUGUAACACUAAACUCGAAUGAUUCAAUUAGUCGAGUGUGAUAAAAGUUUUUAGAGAAAAUCCCACCAUUGGGAUAAUUUGUGAUAAUUCGUGCUUUGGAUUAGUGAACAUUCCUAAAUUCAGGAAAACGAGCCCAGCCAACGUGGGCGGUUUGUGCGGAGUGACUACGGUCCAACGGUUGCGGAAGCACGUGCGUCGUCGUUUGAAUUUCGCACCGACGCGACGCCAAGGGGACGCCCAUCGAAGCCCACAUCUCGUCGCAUAGCUGUUUCGACAGUCGUGCAACAAAACCCGCACGUGUGACACGACUCGCAAGUCCAUCAGUCGCGUGGUGUCAGCCGUGACAUUUUUAACGGAAACACUCCACAGUGCUAGGGGAUAUCUGUACCCCGAAAUAAGACACCUGCGCGCGAGUCCUGUGGGUGGCGUACAUUGUUGGCUCGAAACUGCCGCAUUGAGAGUUUGCUACGUAGUCUGUGCCAAGUCCAAGGACAUCCGACGUGGGAUCGCCGGAAGAAGACAAGGUCAGAUCUGCCCUUUGCUCGAAAACUGUUUCUAGAAACAAAUCCAGUUAAUUAGAAUUGAAUUGAGAACGUGACGUCACACACGGUUAGGGAACUAGGCUUUCCUUAAUUUAAUAAAUCAAUUUCUACCUAUUGCACGGUCAUUACUCGAAAAAUUGAUCGCUUCUAUUAUUUCGCGUGCGUAAAUUGAAUAAAACGAAUAAAAUUACUUCUAGUUUAGACCACACUCCACUUUGCUUUCGUCACGGAUUUUUUUGAUUAGAUUUAAGGUUGAAAUUUUCCUAUUAGUUGCUAAGCUUUUUUCUUAUUGUUUGAUUUUUGAGGUUUGUAUAUAUUUUUCUUAGUUUUUGUGUUCAAUUUGAAGUUGGUAAGUACUGAAUUGGUUUAUUGGCUACGACGUUUUGGUGUUGUUGAAGUGCGACUUCGGUUCUGGUGGAACUUAAACCUGCCCUGAGUUGGCAGUCUCAUCCGGGUAAAACUUAGCAGAGCUAACGGUCCUUCUUUAGAGGAGGUGGCGCUUAAGCCGCUAGCUUUUGGAAACAGGACGGAACGUUACAUUUUGGCGCCCAACGUGGGGCCGAGUUGAUUAGAAUUUGCCAAUAUUUGAAGUUUGAUAGGUUUUUUCGAAUUAGUUGAUUGAAUAAUCAGUCUGUUUGGAAUCUAGAAGUUAAGAAAUUUGGUUAGGUUUAUUGAAUUUGGUUGGUUUUGGUUAGAUCUAAGAAUUGAAUUCGAAAUUAGUUUAAAAUUUGAAUAAUUAGUUGAAUAAGUUGAAUUUGAAUAAUUUUUCCUCUACUUUUGCUAAGUUUUGAGCAAAUUUGCUUGAACUCACAAACAAUUUUCAAAUAGUGCUGUAAUAAAGUUGAAUUGUUUUGUUUCUGCUGUCAAUUUCGCGGUUGUCAAAGAGUUUGUGAUUGGUUUUGUGGUUGGAACAGGAAUUAUAUGAACCUAACUGAGUUUGAUAGUGAUAAAAAGUAAAUUUUCAUAAUGGAGUGGUACCGAAUCUAUGCCGAUGACCUCGAUAACGAAGAGCUGGACUAUGAGCUGGCAAUUCGCGCAUGUCCUCUUGUAGGCGGCCAGGAGACGCGUCGAAGGGAAUUGAGGAACCUUCUCCGUGGUCCGAAUUCGUUGAGAACGCUGGUCGUUGCCGAUCACAUGAUGCAGGCGGAUCUCGAGAUAGUACCGUACAAGCUGCAAGAAAUCGAAAGGAUUAUGAUUGAUGAAUCGAGCAGAGGUAUGCUGUCGAGAUUGGUCCAUUACCAUCAGAGAGUUCGUCGUUACGUCCCGCAUAAUCCAGUAGAGCUCGAGAAUCGUCGACGUUUGUUGGAGUUGGUCGAUGAUUUGGCCAGAAGGUACUUCCAGGUGGACUUCCGUAUGAUGGAGACUCCAGUACCGCAGGACGAAAUCAGGGACUUACCGGCAGCGAACUCGCCGCGGUUUAUCAUGCAGCCACCGGAUGCCAUACGUCCAGGAGAUGGUGAACAGGUUAGAAGUGGCUCGUUGAUGAAUCCCGGUCGGCCGAAUUCCACAGGCUCGAUAAAUUUGGAAGGUGCAGUGGGCGGUGAUAUCGGAUCCGUUUCAGUAAAUCGUCAGCCGGCACUGAACAAUCCCGAACCAGCAGUGGUGCAUCCUAGACCAGAAGGAGGUGCAUUCCAUUUGUGGCGUACCGGAGGUUCCCAGCCGCAGUACACAGGAGCGAUUCCUCGUGCUGCUAGACCAUCCGCUCCGGACUUUGUACAGUCGCCACCGCAGAUGGUUUCGUCGGUUAAUUUCAAUCUACAAAAUCCACAAGGCCCUGUACGCAGCAUUCCUAAUUCGUAUCCAGCCCAAGAGAUCAUCGAGAAUCAUCAGCAAUUCAGACGCCAACAGCAGGAAGUUCUGUCGCAGCCGAGGAGUGAUCAGCGUCCUCAAGGAGGCGAUGAGAUGCGUCAGACACCGAGGAUAGCGGCUGAAAACAUAAACAUGAAUGAGUACGUGCAUUGUUCACAGAUCAAGGCUUAUGUGAAGAGAUGUGUGGAGCAGAUAACCCAGCAAGGAACAAGAUAUUCUAUUGGACAAGACAAUUUGAUGAACAACUUGGCAGAUGAAGUCGCGCAAGUGCGUUUCGCGGACCAGGAGGUGCAGAACAGUCUACCAAACCGAAUAAUUCCACCGCAGUUAAUGAAUUUGCGUGAACCGAGCCCGCCUCUUCAACUAAGUGGAUCUCGUCCGGAUGCUCGGAGUACACCGAGACAAAAUACCGCGAAUCUGCAUCGAACUUUUGCAGCUGAAGGAGAUCGAUUUGUUCCAGUUCAGUUUGGAAACAUUCUUAAUCCUAGACCGGCCGUAGCAUCACCUGGGAUACCAAGAUACCAACCUGAUGUCGAUGGCUAUCGUGGAAAUCUACCGCCAAGAAGACAACCCCAUCAACAGUGUGCGAUCAUCGAGAAGUGGCCAAAAUUCACCGGAGAUACGAAUACCGUUCCCGUUACCGACUUUUUAAGGCAGAUCGACAUUCUAUGCCGAUCGUACGAUAUCAGCAAGCAGGAGCUCCGUAUGCACGCCCAUCUUUUGUUUAAGGACAACGCUUAUGUUUGGUACACGACAUACGAGGAGAAGUUCAAUUCGUGGGAAACGCUGGAAGUCUAUCUCAAAAUGAGAUACGACAAUCCUAACAGAGACAGGCUGAUACGCGAAGAGAUGCGCAAUCGUAAGCAGCGCCCGAACGAGCUCUUCAGUGCUUUCUUAGCCGAUAUGGAGAUGUUAGCUCAACGUAUGAUCCGGAAAAUGUCAGAAGCCGAGAAAUUUGAGAUGAUAGUUGAGAACAUGAAACUCUCGUACAAGCGGCGUCUAGCGUUGGAGCCAAUUCAGUCGAUAGACCAUUUGGCCCAGAUGUGCUACAAAUUUGACGCGCUUGAGAGUAAUUUGUAUCAGGUUUACAACCAGUCAAAGUCUGUACACCAUGUCGCGUUGGAAGAUGAGGGAAACGAGGAUUAUUUGGAUGCUUCAGAAGCCGAAGUUUAUGCGCUGCGUUCCAAGAUGAUGCAAAACCGAAAUAAAGCACCAGGGAAGACAGCUUCGGAAACCAAGUCUUCCAAUGAGCAAAAACCAUCGGAAAUGACUUGCUGGAACUGCAAUACGGCGGGUCAUCUAUGGCGCGAUUGUGAUAAACGGAAGAGAAUCUUCUGUCAUAUUUGCGGAAUGAUGGACACAACGGCGUUCAAGUGUCCAAACCAGCAUAACCUUCGUUACGAAGACGAAGAGCCAAAAAACGAGUAGUUGAGGACGAUUCU